UAUAUAUUUUCCUGCUUGGAAAGUAAAAUAUAAAACCCUAAUAUAGUUGUAGGCAGGGAAGGGAGAGGGAAUCUUCUUUGCUUUGUUCCCUGAAUUUUCGCAGUUAUCUGUUCACUUGAGAGCUUCAGUGGAAACUGGGUUUGUGGUGAAGUUUCUGCUAAAAGGGCUUCCUUUUUUGUUUGUUUGAUAGUGACGGAACCAUGUCCGGAUCUGAGACGGGCUUAACGGCGGCGAACAGAGGGCCAAUGCCAUUCCCAAUGGGUCUCCACCACCAACACAAUCAACUCCCUCCUCCUCCGCAGCCGCAGCAGCAGCAGCAAAACUCUCAGAACAUGCAGUUGUCCUUCACCGGCGCCGACAGAACAGCUAUCUACAAGCCCAUGAGCUCAGACUCUUCACCCCAGCAGUACCAACACAACUCAGAAACCGGCUUGAACAUGAACGUGCCCGUGACCGGAGGCGAGCAGCGCGUGAAGAAGAGAAGAGGCAGACCGAGGAAGUACGAACCGAACAGCGGCGAGGCGUCGCUGGGUUUUGUUCCCGGACCUCCUUCUUACACCGUUAGCCAACCUAGCGGUGGAGACGGUGGUGGCUCAGGCGGAGGUGGAGGAGCCUCGCCUACUGUUAAGAGGAUGAGAGGACGACCUUCUGGGUCUAGCAACAGGCCAAAGCUUCAAGCUUUAGGGUCGACAGGAGUAGGAUUCACGCCUCAUAUUCUUACCGUGAGCACUGGAGAGGAUGUAUCAUCAAAGAUAAUGGCGUUUUCUCAGAACGGACCACGAGCUGUGUGCGUCCUGUCUGCUAAUGGAGCUAUCUCCAACGUGACUCUUCGCCAGGCCGCUACAUCCGGUGGUACCGUUACAUACGAGGGGAGAUUUGAGAUUCUGUCUUUGUCGGGAUCGUUCCUACUGCUGGAGAACAAUGGUCACAGAAGCAGGACGGGAGGUCUAAGUGUGUCCUUAUCGGCUCCGGAUGGUAAUGUCUUAGGUGGUUGUGUCGCUGGUCUUCUUAUAGCAGCAUCACCUGUUCAGAUUGUUGUUGGGAGUUUCAUACCAGACGGGCAAAAAGAACACGUGGGACAAAUGGAACUAGCAAGUCCGGCAUUACCCCGUGUGGCCCCAAGUCAUGUACUGACGACUCCGAAUAGCCAGCAGGCUCGUGGCGCAAUGAGUGAGUCAUCUUGUGGGGGACAUGGAAGCCAUCUUCAGCAGAGCACAGGAGGACCGUACAACAACAACAGCAACAACCUUUCAAUGCCCUGGAAGUAGCCUAAUGAUACUAUUAUAACCAGAAUGAUGAUGAUGAUUCUUAUCUUUAGUUUAGGCUUUCUUUAGUUGUCUGUCCAGACAAAAUGAAUUUAAUAACUUAACAUGUUCUGUGUGUUCGUGUUGAUUUUCAAAACCUUGAGUUGUUUAGAAAUUGGAAUAUCCUGAUUAAUGUAGAUCUUCUUUUAUUAUAUAAAAUU